AAAAAAUAAAUCAGAUCUUAUUAGAUUUUUUAAAUUGGAACUAUAAAAUACAAAAAAAUGAAAUUCAAAAAGGAGCUAAUUAACAUAUUAGCUUUGAUAUUUGUUUUAAAGAAAAAUAUAUUUGCAUAAUCUAUUUGCCCAACUGGAUAUUAAAUGACCUAAGGAAGCUGUACUGCAAUAUAGUGUCCAAAUGGAUAAUAUUAUGAUAGUAAUUUAGGCCUAUGCGCAAAUUGUGAUUAGGCUUGUAGUGCUUGUAAUUAUUAUCCAACUUAUUGUACUUAAUGCUAAAAUGGUUUCUAUCUAUACUAAAAUUAAUGUUUGACUUAAUGUCCUUAGGCUUAAACAUAUGUAAGUUGUUCUGGAAGUAGUUGUAUUUGCUAAGCAUGUGACAGUUCAUGUACUUAAUGUUUUGGGAACAAAAAUACAUAGUGUUUAGCUUGCAGUGUUGGAUUUUACUAUAAUUAGAUUAAUUCAAGUUGUUUAAAGUAGUGUGAAGAUGGAUAUACCUAGUAAAUUGUAAAUAUAGGAGCAAGCUAAUAGCUUUUAUGUAUACCUUGUGAUAAUAAUUGUAGAACAUGUAGUUAAACUAAUGCAUAAUAAUGUUUAACUUGUAAAGAUAAUAUGUACUUAAAUACAGCAACAAAUUAAUGUGUUAGCACUUGUCCAUAGCUUCAAUAUAAAAUAAAUGGAAUUUGUAAAAUUUGCCCUACUGGUUGCCAAACUUGUUAUAAUACAAAUCCAUCGAAUCCUUCUACAGUCGAAUCUUGUUUAAGUUGUGUGUCAGGUUACUUUUUAGAUAUUGAAAACUAAUUAUGUGUUAAAAAUUGUGUAUCUGGAUAUGUGGUAGAUGCUGCUACUUAAAGGUGUCUUCCAUGUAAUGCUACUUGCAAAAAUUGCUCUGAUUAAACUAAUUAAGGAUGUUUACAAUGUCAGAACGGAUACUCAUUAACAUCUGGGUCUCCUUCCUCCUGCUAGAAUAAUUGCCCUAAUGGAAACUAUUAAAAUAGCUCUUUAUGUCUUUCUUGUAAUACAGCAUGCUCAGAAUGCUUUGGAGCAGAUAAUUAAUAAUGUACAGCAUGCAAAACUGGAUAUUAUUUAUAUAAAACUUAAUGUUUGGUUAUUUGUCCUGUUGGCUUUUACACAUUUGCUAGAUAGUAUGCAGAUCCUUUGAAACAACCAAUUUGUGACUAUUGCCCUAAUGAAAUGGAGUAAUGCGAACAAGAUAAAAGUAAUUUCGAUUUGAUAAAACCUAUUUUGUGCAAAAGAGGAUAUUAUCUUUAUAACGGUACAUGUGUUAAAACAUGCCCUGAUUAGACUUAUUAUUAAGAUGAAGCAACUAGAUCGUGUCUUCCUUGUGUAUUCCCUUGUCAAACUUGCUUAAGUGCUUCAGUUUGUUUAACAUGUGCUACCUAUACUCCUAAUGGAUAGGUCUAAGGAUAAACUUACAUAUUUGCUCAAAUUACUUACAAUGGGCCUCAAGGAACAGUUUUUUAAUAAAACUGUGUUCCUGCUUGUCCUAAAGGUUUUUAUUAAAAUAGCAAAAAUAAUUCUUGUUAGGUAUGUAAUUAAUAAUGCUAAACAUGUUAAGGCCCCGCAUAAACUGAUUGCAUAACAUGUCAAAUAUACGACUCAAAUAAUAUGUUAUUUAAAUACAAUAAUUAGUGCUACUAUACUUGUCCAUCAAGCUAAAAUAAUCCGAUGUAUGGAGAUAAAACGACUUAAGCAUGUUUGCCUUGCUCUUAAGAAUGCUCCUCUUGCUUUAAUGGAAAUAAUAAAUCAUGCUAUUCCUGUAUGAAUGGAUAUUUCUUAGAGUAUCUAAAGCCAGAAUGCAAAAGUUUUUGUGCUUCUGAUGGUACUUAUAUGAAUUCGUCAACAAAUUAAUGCUCUCUUUGUGGGUUUGGAUGUUCUAGUUGCACUAACGGUACAUUUAACUCAUGCAUAUCGUGCUUAAAUGGUUAUUAUCUUUAAUAGAAUUACAAUGUAUGCUAUCCUUGUCCUUAAUAAUGUGCUUCUUGCACUGAUAUGAAUACUUGUCAAUCUUGUAAUUAGGGGUAUUUCUUAUAUAGUUAAACUAACUCAUGUGUUUAGCAAUGCCCUUUAAUUGGAUUUUAUGUAGAUACUACAUAAUAGGCUUGUAUUCCAUGUGAUGCUUCAUGCUUAGAGUGCUAUGGUGGAGCAAAUAAUUAAUGCAUAUCUUGUCCUAAAGGAUCGUAUUUGAAAACUGAUGGAACUUGCUAAUAAUGUAGCUAAUGUAGCUCAAAUAACGAAUGCUUAGGACCAAAUAUAACUGAUUGUUUGAAUUAACCGAUUUGUAAACCUGGUUAAUAUUUAUAUGAUGGACAAUGUUUAACUUGUUUCCCGUAUUGUUCUACAUGCUCAGGAACCACAUAUGAUUCAUGUAUAAGCUGUCAAACAACAACAGAUUACACUUUGUUGUUUGAUGUUUGUAAGAAAAAAGUAAGCUAAACUGAUACUCAAUGCGAUAUAGGUUUCUAUUAUGAUUCCGUUAAUAAAUAAUGCUAUUCUUGCCACUAGAAUUGCAUUUAAUGUUUUGGAAAGAGCAGUUCACAGUGCACAAAAUGUUCAAGCGGGUAUUUAUUACAUCUAGAUAUUACAACUUGUAGUAGCACAUGCCUUGAUGGUUAUUAUUAGCAAGAUCCUUCAAUUCCUCAGUGUUCUCCUUGUCUUUACAAUUGUAUUAAUGGAUGUAGUUCUGGAUAUUAGUUUUUAUUAGGGCUUUGCUUCACAUAGUGUCCUUUUGGAACUACAGCCUAGAAGGAGAAUUGCAGCUUUAAUUCUAAACCUAGUAUCUAAUUUGCAUAAAAUUUAGGAAAUAGUGUAAAUAAUAAUAGCUAGACUAUUAGUUUGUAAUUACUUGUCUACUCUAAAAAUCUGUUUUCUAUUAAAUGGAGACUAUUUACUGGAAAUACUGAUAUAAGCAAUGGCCCUAUCCAGAGUUAUAUUUAAAAUCGUUUUGACUACAUAGUUUUUCCUCCAAAAAGUUUAUAAAGCAACACUUAGUACACUAUAUAAGCUUCUAUUCUUGAUUUAGCGAACAACUGCUAGAAUGAAAAUGAUUGUAUGGUGUAAUAAACAUUUUAAACAAUGAAUGCUAUAACAAAAGGAAACUUCAACAUUGAGAUAAAUAGUGCUUAUUUAUAGUUGACUUUAAUCAUUAGCGGAUGGUUAUUUAACUCAGUUCCUGACAACAUUAGCUUUGAUUUAUAUGUAAAAUUAACUGGAAACGAUUAUUUCUUUUUCGAUAAAGGUUAAAAUUAUUAAGAUGGCAGAUUUACCUACUUAAUACCAAACUUAAGUUAUGAUCUUUAAGACAACAAAGCAUAAUUCUUUUUAGUCAUUUAUAACGACUUCGAUGUUUAAAUAUAGCAGUUAUUAAUCGCCCUGAAUUUAAAUCUUCAACAAACAACUAUAUCUAUUGAUGAAUUUUUAGAUUCAGUUUACUCUAAAAUCACAACUUUGCAACAAAUACAAAGCUUAUCUUAUUAAUUUUACAGUUAAAUGCAAAAUUUGAUGUCAUCAUAAACAACUAGCUAGACUAUCUUUAAUAGGCAUUUGUUUUAUCAGGUUUAUUCUUCCUUAAAGGGUGUACAGAUACCAUGUGAUUCGAAUAUCAACUGCUCAGGAAACGGAAAAUGCCUUUGGAGCUAAGAUAACUAUAAUGAAAUUUUAUGUAUUUGUAAUAUUAAUUAUGCUGGUAGAUACUGCGAAUUUUAAUCCUAUCAGCUUGACAUUGCAAGGUAGCAUUUAAUAGCCCUAACUGAUCUAAUUAGCAAUAUUCCAUUAAAUAAAUCAAGCGAUUUGUUUUUUACAAUAGAAGUUCUUUUAGAACUUACAUAUUUUUACAGCAUUUUUGAUGAGUUUACACUUAACACACUGAUAAAUGUUUACUUCCAAGUAUUUAAUCAGCUUUAGAGAGUGUAAUCAAAUAUAUCUGAUGAAAAAAUCCUCUUUAAGAUUUCUAAAUUAACUUCUUAAUUAAUAAAUCUCAUAAAUGAAGACUAAACACUAUCUUAUAAUGACUAGCAAUCUUUGCUCAUGAAAACAAUGAACGAUUUUGAUUCUCAAAUUAAUUUAUAUUUAUAAAAUUUUGCAAAAUCAUUUGAUGAUUUGAAAAGUUAGGAAUAAGUUUAAACAUCAUUUUAAACAGAUAUUUCCAAUAUAAAUUUGAAUUUAAUUUAUUAAAAUGAUUUAUUAGAUGCUUUCAUGUCAAAUAAUGGUGCUUCAGAUGGUCAAUAACAAACACCGAUUGUGUUUUAUGGAGAUUAAAUAUCAUAUACUUUCGAUAUUACUUAAUUUUCACCCAAAUCAUCACUGUCAACAGCAGUUAUCAAAUGGAAUUCAAACCCAUUUCUUUCAUAAAGCUAAUAUUAAGCACCAUUUAUAAGUUGUAUAACUGAGUUAGUUAUUUAUUCAUAAUAAACAGAAAUACAAAUCUCAACUGUUAGUUAGAUAGUUGAAAUAGCUAUCCCUAAAAUACUACCUACUCCUAUUCUUUCAGUUAUAAGACCUUUCUACUAGCCAUACACUUGCAUAUACUUCGAUUCAGUUUCUUAGGUUUAUAAAUAAGACGGAGUGUAAUAUUUAAGAGAAAAUUCUACUCAUGUAAUAUGUGGAAGUGAGUAGAUAUCAGGAAAUUAUGGAGUUAUUGUUAAUUAAGAGUAUAUUGAUCCAAAUCUUUCUUUAACUGUGAUUUGGAAUGCUACUUAAUAGAUUUAUGCUAAUGACUAAUAAUUUAUAAACUUCAUAAAUCAACUAAUAAAUUCAAAUAAUAAUAAUGGAACAAAUGAAAACCCUUAAGUGAGUCAAUCUAGUUUUAAUCCAAAUUUAUCUCUGUUAUAUGCCUUAUUAAUAUAUAUCAUCUUUAUUACUAUUUUUAUAGUAAUAAGUAUCAUUAGAGAUAGGAAAGACUAAGAAACAUAUAUUAAGGAGUCAGACUCUUAUUGGUUGGUACAUCCAAUUUAUUCUCUGAUUUUUGGACCCUACUCAAGUUUCUUUCCUCGUUUACAGCGUAGUAUUAAUUAUGCCUAACUAAUUAUAAAUCUAUUUCUAUAUAAUGCUAUUUUUGUGCUAGUUUAUAGUCUUCCAAGUGAAUAAGAGCUAUAGUAAAAUGUAGGUAAAAGAUAAAUAAUUAGCAUUUAGAUAAGCUCAACUUCAGUUGCUUGUUCUAUCGUAACAUAUUAUUUGACUAUUUGCAUGGUAAAUCUUUUCAAAAUGAAAUGGUAUAUCAAGUAAAAAUGGUUAGAUUUUAAGCAGGACAAAAUAACUACAGAAAUAGUAGAGUAAGUCACUAAAAGUCUUAAAAUUUUCCAUUUAAUGAACUAUGGUUUGGUAUUUAUGUUGCAAGCUGGAAUGGGAAUACCAAUAAUUAUCCUUAUUCUCUCCUUUAACAGCUAACAAAAUUAAUUUUUCUUUACCUCUGUAUUUGCUUCCUUCGUUAUUGAUAACAUUCUUGAUAUUAUCAUCCUUAUAAGCUUUUGCUUUAUCAAAAUAUUUUCACAAUCAGAAAAAUCGAAAAUAAUUCUUUUAUUCACUUUAAGAGGUUUCUACUAUCCAGUUUAUGAAUUUUUAGAUAUUGAAGAUAAAAUCAAAGAAUAUUAGCAAAAAGGAGAAGUUUUACCAGCUGAAGAAGCUAAUAAUCAAAGUGAUGAUGAAGACAUAUUUGAAAUUAAUGAUCAUAUGAAUACCCCAAAAAGAAUAUUUAAGAAAAACGAAGAAAAAAUCGAUAAAGCAUAAGAGGAAAUUUAACUAAAUGAAUUUGUUAACAAUUUAAAAACAAAUCAAUGA